UGACGAAAUUAGCGUAUCUAAUCCAACCUUAUCCUUUUCUGUAGCCCACCACUCUCUCCCUGCGUCUUUCCCCCUUCCUUUCUUUCUCUUAUGGCGUUUCAGAGCACUAUCUCUUCGAGCGUAUAACACUGUAAACUCUCUCUAUUCCUCAAUCCAACGUUUCUUUUUCCUUUUAAUUUGAAUCAAGAGCACAAGAAAGAAAGAGACAAGAGGGGAAUUAAGCAAAUGGCUGCAAUUACAGGAGCAACUUCAUCGCCAUUCAGGCUGUCUUUAACUUCCUCUUCCAACCCAACAUCAUCAGUGCACAAGAUUGAACGCAAGCUUUGCACCCUGCCCAUCACCACCUACUCUUUGGAAAGACAUGUAGAAACACAAUUCCCAGUUUCUGCAACAAAACCUUACCAAAAAAAUCAAACAUCACUCUAUGCAACCUUGAGGAGGAGUUCCAAAGGCUUUGGACGGUCUCCGAGGAGAACCAAGAAGACCAAGAAGCCGAACAAAGACGACGACGAAGACGAAGACGAGGCAGAGGAGGAGGAGGAGGCGGAUGAAGGCGUAAUACCAGAGGUGGUGACCAACAGGAUGAUCAGCAGGAUGGGUUUCUCAGUGGGGAUUCCGCUGUUCACAGGGGUUUUAUUCUUCCCAUUCUUUUACUAUCUGAAAGUUGGACUGAAGAUUGAUGUGCCCACAUGGGUGCCCUUCAUUGUGUCUUUCUUCUUCUUUGGGUCUGCUCUCUUAGGGGUGAGCUAUGGGAUUGUUUCUGCUAGCUGGGAUCCAUUGAGGGAAGGUUCCCUCUUGGGUUGGAAUGAGGCUCGGAAGAACUGGCCUGUUUUUUGGCAAUCACUUCGGGGUAGAUCUGGGAAAGAGUACUAGAGCUUUAUCUUCUGCUUGGUAAUAUUAUUAUUACUUUGAAACCAUGAAGGAAAUUUUGAAUAUCA